AUGUGGCUAAAUCGCUACUCCCAACACCCGUCGCCUUCGUCUUCGCCAGCGCCGCAACGAAGGCCCAGUCACCUGCCCCGAGCCCCCUUCNCCCACAGACCUGCCAUCACGAACCGCUCCUCCUCUCUGUCUCUCCUCACGAAUGGAUCCACCGACAGCCUGCCUGCCGCUGCCAGAUAUGCGCCUGCUCACUCCAACCUGAGGAACCAGCUCGAUGCUUUCCCUGUUGAUAAUGUCUCGCAUCCACUUGACGUAUUACGCGACAUCUUAGCUCCUGUCCAUUCUGAAUCCAUCCCUCCGGAUGCACCUGCUCUUCAUGGCACAAACAUCGACUUUGGCGAGCUGAGUCUGCAAGAGUUUGCCGAUGCCUCUCCAUCUUCGGAUCAACCUUCCGAACAGCCGUCUGUCGAAGAAUUCGAGAAGGAUAAAGGCAAGUUUGAGGAUUUGCACAAGUCCAUUGUCGCCUGUGAUGAAGUUCUCAAGUCUGUAGAGAACUACCUCACCAGCUUCCAGGCUGAUCUGGCCGCUGUCUCUGCCGAGAUCGAAACCCUGCAAAAUCGUUCCUCUGCCCUCAACACCAAACUUGAAACCCGCAAGCAAGUUGAGAAGCUACUCGCUCCAGAAGUUGAUGCCUUGACUAUCUCGCCAUCCGUUGUACGAAAGAUAUCAGACGGGCCUAUCGAUGAUGCCUGGAUCAAAGCUUUGGAGGAUCUUGAGAAACGCUCCAAGAUCAUUGACUCGAAAACCCCUAGGUCCAAAAGUGCUGCAGAUCUCAAACCACUGAUAGACAGCCUCAAAAACAAGGCUGUCGAGCGUACCCGUGAUUAUGUCGUAUCCCAAAUCAAAGCAUUGCGCGCUCCUGGCGUCAACGCCCAACUUCUGCAGCAAAACAACUUUAUGAGAUACAAGGACGCCUUCCAAUUCCUGGACCGCCACCAACCUCAGUUGGGCCAGGAGAUUGGCCGUGCGUACAUCAAUACUAUGCGCUGGUUCUACCUGCACAACUUUUCGCGCUACAAAGCAUCGCUGGACAAGAUGAACCUCCACGUUGUUGACAAGAGCGAAGUUCUGGCACAAGACGAUACUACCAAACGAACAACCGCAGUGUCUGGCUCACGAACACAGGCCGCUCCACACGAUGCGUUCUCGCUGGGUAGACGUAUGGAUAUGCUCAAGGGCAGCUUCAAGUCAGCUCUCUCUUCACACAUCGCAGAAGAAGACAAGUCUGCAUACUAUCUCGAGGCGCCAUUCAGAGCUUUCAACCUUGCGCUAAUGGAUAACGCUUCGGGCGAGUACUCCUUUCUGACCGGAUUCUUCUCAAAACAGUCAUACCACGAAGUAAAUCGCAAGUUCGCGGAAAUAUUCCAACCAACAUUUGCUCUUGGCCAGGCUUUGACAAAGCAGUUGAUCGACCCGACUGUCGACGCACUCGGACUGUUAAUUACUGUCCGUUUGAACCAGCACUUCGCUUUCGAACUGCAACGACGGAAAGUACCCGCUAUGGAAGGCUAUGUCAACGGCACCAACAUGCUUCUAUGGCCUCGCUUCCAGAUGGUUAUGGAUGCUCAUUGCGAAUCCCUUCGUAAAGCUACUUCUUCACUUUCAGGACGUCCUGCGGGUUCAGCGCUCACUCUGACAUCUGCAUCUGCGCCACAAUCGAUUGCACCUCAUCAAAUAACCCAGCGAUUUGCAAAUUUCACACAGGGAAUCCUAGCAUUGAGCAGCGAGGCUGGCGACGACGAGCCAGUUCAGAACAGUCUAGGAAGGUUGCGUAACGAUUUCGAAGCUUUCCUAACGAAGCUUAGCAAGAGCUUUGCCGAACAANAAAAGAGAGAUCGCUUCCUUGCGAACAAUUGCUCGUUGGUUGGCACCAUUAUUGCAGAAACAGAAGGCAAGAUGGCCGAGGAACUCAAAGCACACUUUGCAGAGAAGGCAGAAGAGUUUGGGGGUCGUUAG